AACAAGUUCAGAAAGACCACAGAACAUGCAGAAAGCUUCAUCCAAGGGAUGUCAGUGAUGUCAAGAAACAACUGCUGCGUAGUUGGCUGCUCAAACACCUACAAAAACUCGCCGGGAACACACUUUUACAAGUUUCCGGUGCUGUUUUACGAGCAAGAGCGACGGCGGCGGUGGAUUGCGGCUGUUCGACGCAGAAGAGAGGAUGGGAGCCACUGGGAGCCUACCAAGAAUGCCAGGAUCUGCAGCCAGCAUUUUCUCAAUGGCAAAAGAUCAAAUGACCCGAGAAGUCCAGCUUAUGAGCCAACUAUAUUUCCAAGCGUGCACGGACGUACUAAGCAUGGCACUUCCAAGAGUUAUCAAAGGUUGCGGGCAGGACAGCAAAAGGUGGACAGCAUUACUGCGGAUGCACAGCCCCUGGAAGAUGUCAUGAUCGAUUGCACCUCAGAGGAGGAAAAGACAAGUGUUGCAUCACAAACAGACCCUUGGGAGUGGAGAACACAAUUUGACACACCAAGCCUAUUCCUUCGCUGUAUGCAAGGCUGCAAUGCUGAGACACAGACGAGCCUACCGAGGACCUGCACACAAGAAACCCAGACACAGGAUGUCGACGAGAAGUCCAGUACUGAGUUUCCAGAGACGACCUCAGAUUGCAGGACGCGUGACUGUGGUACGGCCACACAUCAUCCGGAGUUCUACUGUGAGGAGUGUGGCGGCACAUUUGUGACAGCCAAGCGACUGAAAGCACAUCAGCAUAUCUCGCACCCAAAUAGGUGCACGUGCUCCUACUGCUCCUAUUCCACCAACAGUGGGUCUCGUCUCACAAUGCACGGACAAAUCCACGGGGUCAAGUACGUGUAUUGCAGCGUAUGCAGCCAGAGCUUCAGCGGCAACAAAGACCUCGAGAUGCACAAGCACAUCGUACAUGCAGAGGAAAGGCCUUUCAAGUGCAGUGAGUGUGGUCAGUGCUUCAAGAUUUCGAAGAACCUCAGUCGCCACAAGAAGUCACACUCGGAGGUCUUCAUAACGCAUGCCUGUCUCACAUGUCAAAAAAUGUUUCUCAAUAGGAAGGAACUUGAGUGUCACCUGCGGAGACAUACGAGCGAGCGGCCCUUUCAGUGCAGCCAUUGCAACCAGAGCUUCACCAGGCUCAGCAGCGUCAGGAAGCAUGAACGCAGAAAGCAUGUGGGCUAGCACCUACAUGACUGAUUGCACUGUAACUGUGCCUCAUCGACUUUAAGGUAUAGGAGCACCACUGUGUGGGCCACUUUUGGCUUAAAAUAGUUGCCAGUGACAAGGAAGAGGAACAGGUGGUGCAGACAAUGAAGUCUCAGUGAAAAGGCUAGGACGGGCGCAACAGCUGUGCCACUUGCGCCAAUUCCAUACAAUUCCUUAUUUUUGCGCCAAAAUGCUUGACUAGUCCCAAGUGUUCUCAGUUGCAAUAAUUUCAGCAAGAAAUAGAGGCCGCCUUGGCCACCUGCAGUUUGGGCAUCAUCAUCCAAUCCAAUACAGAAGCGCAGACGCUAACCUUAACCCCACCACGAAAGAAAAGGAGAAACAUGAAGGUAAAAAAACUCCAUGAGAAUAAAGGGCUACGGCUUUAAAAUUUCCUGGCCUUCUUCUAUCGUGUGCAGGACGCUUUUAAGCCACUUUCGCUGCAGUACGGCGAUGUUUUGUGGAAAAGUGUGCUAAAAUUUAGAAGAGGCUAUUAGUACUAGCUGUCGCAGGACACAGAACAUUUUCUGCUUACGCCAUGUAAUUGUGAUCGCUGACGUCUAAAAAGUUUAUUGGCAGUCGCUCAGAGCUGUAGUAUUGCAAAUGAGAUCUACGGAAUCCCACAAGGUAGCAGAAGGGGAAAUAGACAACCUGAGAAAUCCGUAUGGAUUUCCUUGUGGCUUCAUGUUAUAAACGAGUGGUUGUCUAUUUUCCCUUCCUUCACCCUUCCGCCACCUGGCGGGAUUCUGCAGACCUCAUUUGCAAUACUAUGUGACCAUGUGCUUCGAGAUGUCAAUGAAUUUGCCCUCGCGCUGCCAAUUGCUAGCUUCCUGGUUAGCUCAAUUGGUAGAGCGACCACCCUGGGAAGACGUUGGUCCCGGGUUCAAACCCCGGACCAGGACGAAAUUUUUCAGCAACUAAGAAGCUUUCUUUCUGAGAAAAAAAGCUGCCAGAUCCCAACGCAUUGUCGGAAUCGAUGUAAUGCAAAGCAGCCAGCAAAGAGCUGGAUACAUCGCCUUGUCUGUCAUUGAGGAAAGUGCGUGCCACUCAUGUUAUUUAUGUUCGUUACACAGUAAACGUCGCGCAUUACCAAUUUCGGGGUAGAUCAAGCUAGCGAAACGGCCGCCAGCGCACCAUGAGCGCGGCACGUAAGUCAUGCUGUACAUGACAUGCUUUCAUGAUUUUCAUGUUAAGUUGCGUUAUUUAUGUUCGUCCUACAGUUACAUCGCGCAAUACCGAUUUCGGGGUAGAUCAAGCUAGCGAAACGGCCGCCAGCGCACCAUGAGCGCGGCACGUAAGUCGUGCUGUACAUGACAUACGUGUCAUGAUUUUCAUGUUAAGUCAUGUUAUUUAUGUUCGUCACACAGUCACAUCGCGCACCAAUUCCUGGGUAGAUCAAGCCAGCAAAACGGCCGCCAGCGCACCGUGAGCGUGGCACGUAAGUCAUGCUGUACAUGACAUGCGUGUCAUGAUUUUUAUGUUAACUCAUGUUAUUUAUGUUCGUUACACAGUAACGUCGCGCAGUACCAAUGUUGGUAUAUAUCAAGCUAGUGAAACGGCCGCGAGCGCACCAUGAGCGUGGCAUGUAUAUCAUGCUGUACAUGACAUGCAUGUCAUGAUUUGCACGUUUGGACCUGUCAGUUAUGUCCGUCAUACGCUCUUGUCACGCUGUAUCAAUUUUGGUAUAUAUCAAGUUAACGAAACGGCCGUAAGAGCACCAAGACAGCGGCAUGUAUAUCAUAUCGUUCAUGACAUGCAUGUCAUGAUUUUCAUGAUAUGACUAGUCAUUCAUGUUCGCCAUACAGUCGUGUUAUGCCAUACCAAUUUUGGUGUACAUUCGAUUAACGAAACGAGCAGGAGAGCACAAAGUUGCAGGCGGCUAGAUAGAUAGAUACUCUCAAAGUCGCAGAAGUUCGCUAAGAAAUGCUUCGCAUUUAAUAUGAAUUUCCUUGUGGCUUUGUGCUACAAACGGGUGGUUGUCUAUUCAGAGCUGUGUAUGAUGUUUCUGUGGCCCUGAGAAACAAUAAACAAAAAUGUACGGCAGUUUUCUUGUUUGUUUGUUUUUUGCCACCCCCACUCGGUCCUGCUUUGUGAAUCUCCAGAUUUCAAGGUCGCGAAGUUGGCGAGUCCACAUUAGCAUUUGCAGCUCAUGUCAAAUCAUUUGGCAGGCACUGCUAAUGCUGUGUCAUUGUUAUCUCUAUAGGGCAGUUCAAUACACUGCUUUUAUUGAAAUAGCAGUGCUCAUGUGCACUGUGCAAGAGCUAGCUGAUGUUGAAUUGUUUGUACAUAUUUUUGCUUUCUUUUCUAAAAGUAAGCCUUCUUUUUAUACUGCUCCAAGUUUGAGAUUUGUGCUAAAAUAUGGAGUUUUUUUUCCCCCGUAACCUGCUCCAAACUUGAAUUUUCAUGCUUCAAAAGCAACAUUCUGCUGCCCAGAGAAUUGCUCCAAAUCCUAUUUUGGCUGUUGCACCCCUGCUAGGAUAUGCGCGCUGGACGACACACAUCCUAGCCUAGACGCAUAUUCUAGUUUCGACUGGACAAUGGACAGUGUUUGUCAUCGACGUUGCGGCAGCGUAGAGGGAUGCAGAGGACCAGUCAAAGUGGACUGCGCAGCUUUCACGAGCUCGUGCGCUAAAGGGACUGACUUGCACAUUCGUGAGGGCCUGACCAGCACUUUCAUCUUAUAGGUCCUUGAGUUCUGAAGACUGGUGUGCUUGCAACCAUGGUGCUCACUGGUUCAAACGGCACCUUUGGGGCAGUCCUUUUCACACAGAACUCUAAGCUGGCAAAAUGGAUGAACAAACAGUGGACGAAACAACUUGUCUCCAUCAUUGUAUACCUGGCGCUUGUGUUCUCCAUGAGAAAUGGAACAUGAAGGCAUAAUGGCUCGCAAGUCUCCCAUUUUGAAUAAUAAAGACUGUGGUGACAGACUUAAGCUCGUGUGAAAUAUCCCACCAAGCUUGGAAUUGUGAAGCAAACGCAAAUGACAGUGCUUCUAAAAGGCAGCAGCAUGAUGAAUGCUUUUAUCUGAACAACUAACCGCAGAGAUUGUGUUACUUUCAGAACUGCUUUAUGUAAGCACCUAACUGUAAUAUCCAUGACAGAGCACAUAUAAAUGUAGAAAGGUUGAAAAUGUACACAUGUUAUAAGAAAUAGAGUGCCGCCACAUUCCUUGAUGCACACUUGGCAUUAUUAGCAAGUGUAGGAAUGGGAAUGCCACUGUAUUUUAAGGCAAGCUUGGCAAAGGACUUUUCGAAGAAACACUUAUAUCUUUGUAAAUAAGCUUCGCCACCUACGGCAAUAAUAAAUAUAUUUUAGUGGGAACUGUUGAAGGUAUGCAAGUGGUGGGCCGGUGUAGGGAGUAGAAUAGCCUAGCCAAAAAAUCUAUAGUUGACAUUUUACAGGCCUUGAACUUGAGCGAAGUGCUCCAAUAAAUGAAAGAAAUAAGCCACAGUCACACAUAAAUAAAAUCUUGUUUACUUCAACAUUGCGUAAACGAGUGGUAAAUAGGUAAGUUGUGCAAUUCACGUGUAUAAAAUACACGACUGACCAGAAGGUUGCUACCGAGUACACUUGAUUUCCAUAUUAGACUGGUGGUGUGUGUAUAACUGUGUGCCACCAUGCAUGCUCAACGGCACUCUUUUUUUUUUUCGCAUUGGUGUGUGUGCUAAACCUGCACAUAGUAAACGUGACAAAGGG